UAUAUAAACCCUACUUGGGUAUCAACUUUCAUCCAACAUAACUCAAGAACACAACUUGAACAUGAAGUUCUUUUCAGCUGCAAUCUUCUUGCUGCUCCUCAUUUUUGGCACAGGGAUGGCGCCAAUGGUAGCAGAGGCGAGGGCUCUUGGUGGGACAGGGAUGGGGCCAAUAGUAGCAGAGGCGAGGGUAUGCGAAUCCCAGAGCCACAAUUUCAACGGUCUAUGCUUCAGUGACACCAAUUGUGGCAGUGUCUGCAAGACAGAGGGGUUUGACGGCGGCCAUUGCAGGGGCUUCCGCCGUCGGUGCUUCUGCACAAAGCACUGUGCUUGAAACUUUAAUUUUGAAUAAUAUCCUCAUCUUAUUGUCUAUCUCUCAAACUAGACGCUCAAAACUACUUUUGAAUAAAGAAUAAAGUUGCCUUCUUUGCC